UUGUGAUUCCCACUGUCGUGUUAUAAAAAAAUUAACGGCUGUCCGCCAAACAGUUGCUAUACAUCGAUCUGUGGGACUUUAUUUUGAAGUAUUUGAUAUUUGUGACAAACAUCAAUCGUGUGGAUGUGGAUGAGGCAUUAUGAAAGAAAGAAAGAAAAAUAAUUUAUUUCGCCACGACACACAACAAGAAUACAGCGCAGUCGCAGUCUUAGCGCAAAAGGCUGGAGCUCAGCUUAAUACCAUUGCCCGGGCACGAAGACUCGAGUCCAUGGCGCUGAUUUUCAGUACUACUAUGUCAGUAUGUAUGUAUGUAUGGUAUGUCAGUAUUUAUUAUUUAAUGAAUAGGAUGCAUGACAGACCAAAUAGUAUAGGUAAUCAGUAUAGUGCAUGUAUAGUGGCAGACGUCCUCCAUCGUAGGCCGCAUCAUCACUCACCACCAGGCGAGACAUAGUGGCCAAACGUCGGCCCAUAAACCAAACAAAUAUAAAAAAAAUUUUCAGUGCAGCUGCAGUGACAUUGUCAAAGAUUUGUGUCUGUCAUAAUCACAUCUAUUGCUGUAUUAAUACCUACUCUAUCGUAGUAAACUCUUUCCUUGUCCUGAAAAAGUUAAUACAACAUUUAACAAAAUCAAAUAGCGAUGAAACCGACGGUAGCAGCGGAUGAAAUGUUUCCUGAAGGCGUUGGACCGUACAUGGAUUUAGAAGAAGCUGGUGGCCCCUCGAAUCUACUUAUGGACCUGGCAGCAAACGAAAAGGCAGUUCAUUCAGAUUUUUUCAAUGAUUUUGAAGACUUAUUUGAUGAUGAUGAUUUGAAGUGAAUAGAUGCUUUUGAAAUUAGUUUUAGUUGUAAAGUUCUAAUAAAUAAAAUAAUUAAUUAUAA